AUGGAUGAGGUGCAGAAAUCCUGCAUAUUGGAUCUCUGGGGUUAUAUAAAGGCCAGACUGAUCCGUGGUGAGCCACAGACGCAUGGCGUGUCAGGAAGACUUUGGACCAGGAUUCCUGUGUACAGCGGCAAUGAUGAACGGCAUGUUUUGGACGUUCUUGAUGUUCCUGUGUGCAGGUACGCUUUCCACAGCUCCUCCUGGCUGGUAGCUGGACGCGGAGAUAUAGCCGUCCCGGGACGAGUGCACUUCCAUCCGGACUCUCCCGCUCGAGGAGCGCAGUGGAUCAAACAGACCGUCUCAUUCGACCGCCUCAAACUCACCAACAACCUGCUGGACGAUAACGGCCAUAUGAUCCUGAGCUCCAUGCACCGGUAUCAGCCGCGGCUGCAUGUGAUUCUGGUGGACCGGAGCCGCGACAGUCAGCGCUUCGCUCACCGCAACUUCUGCACCUUCAGCUUCCCAGAGACCCGCUUCAUCGCAGUCACCGCCUACCAGAACCACCGGAUCACCCAGCUGAAGAUCGCUUGCAACCCCUUCGCCAAAGGCUUUCGUGCAGCUGAUUCUGAAAACAGACAUUCAGCUCAGUGUCAGACAGAAUCUGCCGGCCUGUCUUUGCCGUGGAGUGUGUUUGAGGGAUCGUCUGCGUGUGAAGACCAGCGGCUACAACACCAGCCUCACCGCCGGUCAGAUGCUCAUGAUCCAGCUCUACAGACAGCGAUGACUGAGGCGGCGCUCUCGUACGGAGCAGGGACGGACCGCAGGGACGGAGGGUCUCAGGGCCAUUUCUACACACUGGGACGGUAA